AUGAUAAACCUAACCCUGGAGGUAUUCUCUCAUCUCUCCACAGUAAAAAUUGCAUUCAAUAAUGAAGUAGGCAGCCAGCACAUCAGGCUGUUUGAUGAUGUAAGAAGUUUGAAGUAUGAGCAUGACAGCCUCUAUGUGUCUUUGGAUGGCAUAACAUCGAAGUAUUUUGCUGCGUGGGGAUCCCAGGGCUUCACCUCUGGCAAACAAUACUGGGAGGUGGAUGUGGACAGCUCUUGGGACUGGGCUGUAGGCGUCUGUAAGGAUUCCUGGACAAGGAAGGAUGACGGCAUACUGAAGGAAUCCAACAGGGACAACUUUCUCCUUGUGUGUGUGAAGGAGGAUCAUCAUUACCGUCUCUGGACCACCAUCCCGAACAAUCCUCUGUACAUAGAGAAACCUCAGGGCAGGGUUGGCGUGUUCCUUGAUUUUGACAGUGGGAGUAUGGGUUUUGUGGAUGUUGCCAAGCGCUCCCUCCUUUGGAGGUACGAGGACAGCCUGUUCACUUUCCCUGUCAGGCCUUUCAUUUGCACUGGCCACAUGUGA